AAUGACAAUCAUAAACUUGACUUGAGAUUAGAUGGCUAUGGUAUCGUUUUAGAUUCAUCUGGUUGGCGCCACUACCAGCGUAUAAAUAGGUAACAAAGACAAAUUAAACGGCAGUCUCGUGAAGCAAAAGCAAUCCGGAAAAUGUGUUCCGGUUUACGUUGAAAUCGCGACGAUACAAAGAUAACGACAACGACGAUGAAAACAUGCUGUUAUCGUACAUUUGUGUGAGUCUUGAAAACCUUAUUCGGAUGAACGCGAACGAUCAAUCGAAUUGGCCAACGAACCGUUUCGGACGCAUCGAACGGCAUUGGGAUGAUCGUACGGCAACAAUAACAAAUACACUCAGCUAUGCUAAGCCACGACCUUGGGCGCGUUUUCACCGAGCCCGUGUCGAGGGCACUUCCGGUCUAGGUGUCGGAUAAAUAUCCGUUGAUCCGGAGGAUUUCAAUCAAGUCACUCUCGAGUCACCGCAAUGAUGUUCCAACGGAUCGCAGCUCUCCUGAUCGUCGGAUCAAGUGCGUCAACCGCAUUCGUCCACUCCUCCAACCAGCAGUCCAGCCAUAAAUCGGAAUCUAGUUACAGCAGCAGUUCUUCACAUCAUGGUGGAAAUUCAUACAGUUACGUCAGUCAAUCGGCCCAGGGUCCAGGUUAUAGUUACAGUUACAGUCACUCCGGUAGCGGAUCUCCAUUGUUUUUACCUGAAUACGCUGCUGGAUAUCAUUUAUACACCCCUCUAAUCAUUCCAUCACUGGACUUUGAUCUAGAUUUUGAUUUGGAUGAUGAUCUAGAUACUGAUUUAGAUUUCUAUAUUGACACAGACUUGGAUUUAGACAUAGAUUUAGAUUUCCCGGGAAUUGAAUACGGACUCGGUUAUAUUGGAAAAUAUGGACACUGGUAUAGAAAACCAAGAUAUGGAUUUUCCAAGUUGUACAAUAGUAUCGAUGGAGAUUUUUGGAAUUAUGGAGGAAAUUACGGAUACGAUCAUAUAGCACCAUUACAUUAUGGAUCACUUAAUUUUUUCAAAUAAUUAUAGUCAAAUAGUAAAUUAUACUAUUUAUUUAUUUAUAAUACAUAUUUAAUAAUUUAUUUAUCAUGUUAACAUGCCUUUAGGUAUAUGAUCUGACCAUUUUUUAAAUGUUAUCAGUACUUAAUCUAUUGUAUAAUAGACAUCAUGACGAUUUAAAACGACGUUAUUUACAUACAAGACUUAAAAUAAAUUCGUAUUUUUCUAUAAUACUUUAUUGUAUAAAUCAGUAUUCAUUAUAUUUAUGGAACUAAUAGAUACUUUAUGUAUUAUUAUACUACUUAUAUUUGUACACCAUGCAAUAAAUAUAAUAUAUUAUUAUGUUUAAAAAUAUUUUUGUAAUUAAUUCCAUUGCAAAAUAAUAUAACACAUGCAGGGACGAUAUGAAUAAUAACAUUAACAA